GAGAGACUGAAAAACGAGGCAAGCGCAAACCCCAAUCGUUCGUGGGGGUCUCGAAAGGGCCCUAAUUUCUUGUUCGCAGCAGCGCCAAGGCGUGCGCUGCGUUUUUAGCCCUCCGAACGGCGCGCUUGAGCGCUCGAGGAAGUUCUUGUGCCAAUCAACAAAGGCGCGCCGCGCGCGACCGCGUACAAUGUCCGCGCCGACGACGCAGACAGCUCCCACAGCCCCGAACGGCCAGGCGGCCGCGGCGCCGCCCCCGCUCCCCGUGGCGCCCGGCGCGUCCCCGGCCCUAAACGCGAGGAGCCCCUUACUGACCUCGUCGCCCUACCUGCGGAGCAUGGCCCUCCUCGACAACAUGGACCUCCAGCAGCUCAUGGCCGGCGGCGACCUGAACCAGGAGGAGGCCGCGCGCCGCGCGCAAGGCCUCGCCAACGGAGGUCCUCAGCGGAGCCCCGAGGACGCUCUAGGCGCCCUGGCCGCCAUUACAGCGAGGACAGGCCACACGCCGCCGGGCCAGUACGAUUCCUUGGCACCGCCGGCCGAGGACACGAACACGAUGCGACGUGUCACUAGCCAUGACCAACUCACCGCAACAGCUGCUGCAGUAGCUGCUUUAUCCUCCCCGCGCGAGGCGUUCCCGAAGCCGACGCGACGAGCGCCCCCACCAGCUCCCGCCGAGGACUCGGGCCCCGGCGCCGACGCGAGAAGGAGGGAUGUUCGGCGCGAGCGGAACCGCGAGCACGCGCGCAUUUCUCGGGAGAGAAAGCGCCAGAAGCUCGAGCACCUCCAGGAGGAGAACGACGCGCUGCGGCGGAAGGAGCAGGUGUUGGUCGACGAGCGCAACAGAUUGCGCAUGAGGCUCGACGAGCAGGAGCGCCAGAACGCGGGCCUGCGGGCCUACAUCCAGCGCCACCGCCACCUGCUGGGGGACGUGGCCGCGGCGGUGCUGGCGCCGGCGCCGCCGCCCGCGUGAGGCGUCGCUGGGGGUGCCAUCGCUGAGCGCGCCCCGGCUAACCAAAUAUAUGUCGU